CCUCCAGGACAAUGAAACUGCUACUGCAGUGGGAUUCAAAUCCUACAAUGAUUUGAUGAUGGCUGGCCUUGUUACCUUGGCCGAGAAGUCUCCAAUCGGUCAAGGUUGUGGAGAGUCCUCUGUUGAUUUUACUGCUACACCUACACGUACACCUACAUCUGCAGAGCAUAGUAGAUUGGGAAGGGGAGGAGAUAUUCAAGAACACAAUGCCCUUCUGCGAACCUUGCGAUUAUCUGCUAUCAAUAAUAGUGAUUGGGAUAGUACUAGCAGUAGCAGAGACUCGCAAGACUCAAGCAGUGGGGGAACAUCCUCGUCUGGAUACUCAGUGAAUCUUAUGGACACUGGAUCUGGCUGUACUAGCCUCCCUGGCAAAGGUGCGGUGAUCAAGAAGUUCUUGAAUACUAAUGCCAGCCAACUAACGUUUCCCGGGCUAUUUUCCUUGCGUGAAACCCUCAAAGAAGGUGAUCUAUGUGUCUUCUUGCGCAACACUCACUUCUACACCAUGUUGAAGAAUGACAAUGCACUAUACACCCUAGUUACUGAUCAGGGCUACAUGGUUUGGAAAAAUUUGAUCCAGGAAUAUAUCGACAACAUCAACAGUUUAUCAAAAGAAGGCACGGAAGGCACGGAGAUUGAGUAAGAUUCCAAACUUUAUGAUCGUAU